AUGACGGACGCCAAUGCGAGCGGCUACGUGCUGGCCAUCGCCGGCAUCGUAAACGCGCUGAUCGCGGCCUACGAGGAGCAAGAGCCCGUGAACAUGACGCGGCUGAAGAACGACGUGGCCAAGCAGUUCCGCCUGCCGUCGAUGCCCAAGCUCGUUGACAUCAUCUCGGCCGUGCCCGAGGACUACAAGGACAAGCUGCUGCCCUUCCUCAAGGCCAAACCUGUGCGCACAGCGUCGGGUAUCGCUGUCGUUGCCGUUAUGUGCAAGCCCCACCGCUGCCCGCACAUUGCCAUGACCGGCAACAUCUGCGUCUACUGCCCCGGAGGCCCCGACUCGGACUUUGAGUACUCGACGCAGGCGUACACGGGCUACGAGCCCACCAGCAUGCGGGCCAUCCGCGCUCGCUACGAUCCGGCGCUGCAGACGCGGCACCGCGUUGCCCAGUUGAAGCGUCUCGGCCACUCCGUGGACAAAGUGGAGUUCAUCGUCAUGGGCGGCACCUUCUUGUCGCUGGACGCGCGCUACCGGGACUAUUUCAUUCGCAGUCUGCACGACGCGCUGUCGGGCCACUCGUCCACGAGCGUGGAGGAGGCGGUGAGGUACUCGGAGCAGAGUUCGACCAAGUGCACGGCCAUUACCAUCGAGACGAGACCGGACUACUGCUUGAAGCCGCACCUGCACGAUAUGCUGCGCUACGGCUGCACGCGCAUCGAGAUCGGAGUGCAGAGCGUGUAUGAGGAUGUGGCCCGCGACACGAACCGCGGACACACGGUGGCUGCUGUCUCGCACUGCUUCCAGCUGGCGAAGGACUGUGGAUUCAAGAUCGUUGCUCAUCUGAUGCCCGACUUGCCGAACAUGGGCAUGGAACGCGAUCUCGCCGGCUUCCGCGAGUACUUUGAGAACCCGCGCUUCCGAAGUGACGGCAUCAAGCUUUACCCGACCCUUGUGAUCCGCGGCACAGGUCUGUACGAGCUCUGGAAGACGGGCGCGUACAAGAACUACUCACCCGAAGAUUUGGUGGAUUUAAUGGCGCGGCUGCUUGCUUUGGUGCCGCCAUGGACCCGGGUGUACCGAGUUCAGCGAGACAUCCCCAUGCCGCUCGUGACAUCGGGUGUCGAGCACGGUAAUUUACGUGAAUUGGCGCUGGCGCGAAUGCGCGAUCUCGGACUCGUGUGCAACGAUGUACGGACGCGUGAAGUGGGAAUCAAGGGCAUUCAUGACCAGAGUGUUCCCGACCAAGUAGAGCUCGUUCGCCGCGACUACGUAGCCAACGGUGGCUGGGAGACGUUCCUUUCGUACGAGGACCCGCAGCAGAACAUCUUGAUCGGCCUGCUGCGUCUACGCCAGGCCAGUCUCGCUUCAUUCCGUGACGAGAUUACCCCGGGUUGUUCGAUCGUGCGUGAGCUACACGUGUACGGGUCAUCGGUUCCGCUGCACGCGCGAGACCCGACCAAGUUCCAGCACCAGGGCUUUGGAACGUUGCUGAUGGAAGAGGCAGAGCGCAUUGCACUGGAAGAGCACGGCUCGCACAAACUUGUGGUUAUCGCUGGCGUUGGCACUCGCAAUUACUACCGCAAGCUUGGUUACGAGAUUGAUGGGCCGUACAUGUCCAAAUAUCUAUAA